AUGGCAUCAUUAUACAACAUCAGCGCACCAGUAAAGACGCAGAUCAAUAAGUUCCGUCUCGAAACAGGAAGAUCCGAAAGCGUCAAGACACUUGUUCUCAAGAUUGAACCUAAACCCUCGUAUGCGAUCACUAUUGACGAUGACGAGGGAUAUGAGGAUAUUGAUUCCUUAGAGUCCCUUGGUCCAGAGCUUCCCGAUACCACUCCUCGCUACGUACUACUAUGCUAUCCCAUGACGACAUCUGACGGACGGAAGCAAACCCCCCUGGUUCUUUUGUACUGGAAGCCCGCGACUGUGGUUUCACAAGAAUGGAAGAUGCUUUAUGCGGGAGCGUUGGAGCUAAUAAGAAACAAUUGCGGGGUGAGCAAGGUUAUAGAGAUUUCCACCGGUCUGGAGGAGGAAGAUGAGAUCAAUGAGUUGAUAGAACAGAUAAAAUCGUAA